AUCCGUAGUGGUGCAAUUUUGUAAGUAAUUUAUCCCUGUCAAUUGUUUCAAAGCCAUUUUGAAACCCCAAAACACUGUAUGUUUCCUAUGGUCCAUACAUCUUUUCUACAAUAUCACAAACGGCAUUAAUGUAUAAAAUAAUUAGUACUGGACCUAGUUCACUACAUUGUGGUCCACAAACAGAAGUAUUUUUUGAGCUUGAUAUUAGAGAGAUAUUGCAUAUGGACCUAAAUAAGGGUAUGCAUUAUUUAGGUGAACCUAAAUAA